GCCGUUCCCGCAGCCGGCACCGCGGCAGCUCUGACGCAGCCCUCCGGAAAUGCCGGCCCCGGUCCCGCAGUCCUUUCCAGAGAGUCGGUCUGGCUCUGCCCAGCCUUGUUCCCAGGGGACAGUCUGCCCCGCCCCCUUGGCAGCGGGCUGGCCCCUUUUGGGUGCAGAUAGGGCGCAAUUAAAACAAUAACGAACUUUUUUUUUUUUAAUUAUUCCAAAUUUGGGUAACUUAUUAAUUCAUUUGAAAAUGAACGAUGACCUGGGCGGGGGGGAUUCAGGACCAUCACUGCGUUCUGCGCCACAGGUCAGGGAGUCAGUGACACUGACCGGUACGAUCCGGUGUAACCGCUGAGAUGGCACCGUUACCAUUUGUUAGAGGCGCCUUCCCAGCCCGGUGUAACGUUUUCAGGAUUUUAAGUAAUGGCCCCUGGAAACAAAUUCAAGAACUCUGAACUGAUAUUACUGUGUGAAUGGGAAGAAUGCCUUUUUGUAGGAAAAUGUAUGGAGGAAUUUUGUGACCACAUUGCAGAACACUUGAAAGAGUAUCGACAACAUCCUCUGGAAAGAACAGAGCAGUACCAUUGUUGGUGGAGAAAUUGUGAAUUUUUGGCUACAGGUCCCAGGGAGCUGGUAACCCAUGUAAAUUUUCAUAGUUACCACACCAAGUUGAAAUUCUUAGGCUCUCAGUUAAGGGCAUCACACCAAGAUUGGCCAGCAUGUUCCCAGAACAGCCAUAACCAGAAUCAGAUACCAAGGAUUUCAGAGAUGUAUGUUUGCCAAUGGGAGAAUUGUGAUGUUACCUACAACAACCCAGAAUGGUUUUAUCGGCAUGUUGCCAUGCAUGCAUACUCUACUAAGAAAGAAAACAUUUCAAGUAACAAGAAAGCUAUUUGUUGUUGUCACUGGAAAGAUUGUUCAGGAACAUUUAAAGGAAAGCACAAGCUAUGGGAUCACUUAAGAACCCACACUCAAGAAAGAGUGGUGGCCUGUCCCUCUUGUGGAGCGAUGUUCUCCAAUAAUACCAAGUUUUUUGAUCAUGCCAAGCGACAGGUUUCAGAGGAUCAACAAGUAUUUGUUUGUCAGAAUUGUGACAAACACUUUGCCAAUGAGAGGUUACUACGGGACCAUAUGAGAGGACAUGUUACCCAUGUUACAUGUCCAUUUUGUGAUACGGUAUGUACAAGUGUCUCCUCUCUGAAAGCGCACAUCAGAUUCCGACACUGUGAUGAACGCCCUUUCCACUGUGAUCUCUGUGAGAGUAGUUUUAAGAAUGCUUAUGAUCUUCAUAAACAUGUUGAAACACACAAUGAUUCAAAUGCCUACAGCUGUGAUGUAGAAGGAUGUGUUUUUACUUCACGGACUUCACAGAUCUUGAGACAGCAUUACAAGAGAGCACAUAUGAAUAAUGGCAAUCUAAAAUAUAAAUGUCACAUCUGUCAGAAAUGUUAUUCCUGGUGUUACACAUUGACUCUGCAUCUUCGCAAAGCGCACAAACUCAGCUGUCAUUCUCGCUUCAGAUACAAAGAAGAUGAUGAUGGGUACUUGAGGCUGAAUUUAGCAGUUUAUAAUGGUGUCAUGGGUUUAGAUCAGGGUCUUGAGAACAAGAUGGCACCAAAGAAGUCUUCAGUAGUUCAAAACAGUACUGGAAAAGACAGCUAUGCCUCUUGCAAAAGAAGCCAUUCAUCAGUGGAACUACAUACCACAAGAUGUCAGAGAUGGUCACAAACUACUGCAGAAAAGGUUAUGGUAGAAUCAGAGACCUCCAUAAUGGAGCCAGUGUAUUUUGAACUUCAAACUACACCAGUCAUUUGA